CCAAGGCCGGUUGCCGGGGCAGCCGGGGCCGUGCCGGCUGAGGGCGAGCGGGACGGCCGGGCCAGCGGCCGAGGGGACCUGGGCCUGUGGGACUGGGUGUCAGUCGGCCCGCGCCCGGCGGCGGCAGGAGCCGGGCUGCUCCGCGGGCCGCUGCGGAGCCGUCAGCCAGCAUGCCGCUAGCGGGGCUUUGCGCCGUUGGCGUCACCGGCAGAGCGGCGCCGCCUGCGAAGCGGCCUGUCAGCGCUGGAGCGGACCACCCAGAGAUACAAAAAGAAAUAUCCAGGAAGGACGAUAGGCUCCUCACCUUGUUAAAAGAUGUUUAUGUCGAGUCCAGAGAUCCACCUGUGCGGGUAAAAGAUGGAGGUGGUGAACAUCUUCCAUGUAAACAGGAAGAAAAAAGACUUACAAAGCUAGGCCACUUGGGAGAUCUAGAUGUUAAGAAAGUUCCCAAAGGCAAAAUUUCCAUUGUGGAGGCUCUGACACUUCUUAAUAAUCAUAAACUUCAUCCUCAAAUAUGGACUGCAGAGAAAAUAGCAGCAGAAUACAGUCUGGAACUGCAGGAGGUCAAAUCACUUCUGGAAUUCUUCAUUCCUUUUGCUGUACAGGAAUUUCCUAAAGACACCAAAAAAGCUAUAAAACCAACAUAAAAAUAAUUACCAAAAACCUUGUGUGAUCUCAGUUGUGUCUUAAUUUUGCUUUUGAGUAUGUUCAGUGUCUGAAUAGAGCUGGUAACAUGUCACUCAACAAGGCGGCUUUCUUAUCCCAGCAAGAUGUAUUCAAGGAAUUCCAUUCUAUAUUUGGUGGCUUCAGUUAAAUGUAGCAACUAUAGGAUACAGUUUGUAAACCAGACUAUAACUACCAAGUUCAGCAUGUCACAUGAUUGUGAUUAUUCCAUUCAGAUGUUACGGGUUCAGUUGAAACAUGCAAGUUCUAGUUGGAACUUUGCCUUAACAGAUUGCCUGUCUUAGCAGAGACUUCCUGGCCUUCAGCUAAAUCAGUGCUCUGUGUGUGUCAGCUCUGUAGUUGGAUUUGUUUUGUAUAGAUUUAUUUUGUAUAAGAAUGGCAUAGUAUUUAUACUUUGUAAAGAAGGUUAACCACAAGAUCAUUUGGGAAAUUCAGCUGUCUCAGACUUGAAAUAAAAAGAAAAUGAAUAGCAAGGAGGCCUCUUUCAGAUUGCUGGAACAGUAAUGGCUGAUGCGUGGUUUCUCUUUCAGUUUGCUCUGAUUUAACUUAAAUAUCUGUACCUCCCCAUGUACUGUCUGUCUGUCACUGAGUUUGUAAAGAGUGAUGAUGAUCUGCCAUCAGUAUUGCAUCAGACUCUGGCACCUAGUUUAGGAGAAAUAAGGGUUCAUAUUGUAAAUAAUAGGUAGCUAUCAAAUGUAACUGGUUCUGCUAACUGGACCCACUAGUAGGUCUACUUGCCAGUGUCUGCCUGUCCUGUUACAAAAGGUUUUUCUCUCCACGGAGGCCUUGUCUGCCUUAUCCAAACGUGGGCUUAGAUUGGGUCAUGUUCAUUGAUAAUAAAUUAUCUGCAUGCUACAAUAUGGAAGAUGAACAGCAUCUUUUCUGACUGUUAGUAAAGGAUAUUGCAAACUGUGAGGAGGUAACUGGAUCGUAAGCCUUCUGAUACUAUGACUUCAGGUCUGUGUAAGUAAGGAAGAAGUUUUGCACUGUUGAUUAAUACUGGAGUGAAAAUCAGUUCUCGUUUUCCAGAUAAGCUGGGGUUGGGAGGGGGAUUAAUCAGAAUUGAUAUUUAAAAAUGCAUUAUGGUUGCCUUUAUUAAAAAAAAAGAGAGAAAAAAAGUUACUUUUGUGUGGUGCCAACACUCCUAGUACCCAUCACCAAAGAAGUUGAAUUUAUUAAAAGAAUGGAUGUCAGUACUAGGCCUACAAUGUAACUUUUAAGAACUUUUCUGCCAAGUAUUAGAUUUCAGAUUCUGGUAGAUGUUUUACUGGGAAGACCAUUAGCUUUGCUAUUUCACAGCAUGAUUAUUUCCACUUCUCUCAUAUGGAACAAGGUAUUUAACAGUACAGUUUGCUACAUUGUAAUCAAGGUUUUGCUUGAUUAAUUUCUGAAGGACAUAAUACUGUACCUUAGUGGAAGAUGAUAACUAAGUGCAUUGUAUAACCAUUCAAAAUUGUUAGUCUUUGGAUGUGUGGAUUUGGGAUAGGCUUGUCAUUUUUCUUGUGAUGGCAACAGAGUUGCACUCUGAAACUAAUGUGUCUGUGCUAUGUACAACACUAAUAUUUUUUCAUUUUCCACGAAAUACUCUGGUUUAUAGAAUGUUGUAAAAGAAAUACAUUAUUGAGUACUGUUCAUCCUAAUGUAAUAUUUAAGAUAAUAUUCAGAAAACAGCUGUGGAAUGCAUUUGGUACAGAUACUGUUGUUAUUAUUAUUGGAGAUGCUGUCAUUUCCUACUUUAAAAAUGAAUCUCUAAUUAGGUAUUGGAGUUGAUUAAACAUUCACUUUACCAUCGGCACCAAA